UAGAUUCGCAGUUGGGUUCAUGUGAAAGGUGAGGGGUGCAGUUUUUGCAGGGGGAUGCUGGGAUGAAUGGGCUGAACCCUGAUCACAGGUAGUGUGGCUGGAGGAGGGAGCAGGGACCACAGACAGACAGACAGACAGACAGACAGACCUACACUGACUGUUUGGGGUGUUUGUUUAGGGUUUUUUGUUGUUGUUGUUGUUGAAGCACUUUUAAUUUUUUACUCCUUCAAUUCUUGAUGUCAACUGAGUAAACACUGGUGGAAGCAUGGAGUGAAAUCCCUGCAGUUUCUCCGUGAAUUCAUCCAUCAUCCAUCAUCCAUCGUGCGCCUCGGUGCGUCUCACUGACCCACUCACGCCUUCUCGUCGACGGAUCAUGUGGAUUAUUUUGGCGUUUAUCCUGGCACUGACCGGUCCUGGUGGGAGCGAUGGAUGCCAGCUGCCCCACGACUGGAGACCGCAGACAGAAGCGUGCCGUGCGGAGCUGGCGGAGAUCAUCGUCUUUGCAAAGGUGUUGGCGCUGCACAAAGAGUCGUACAACGUGUACAACUACCUGCCGUGGCAGCACGACACGGACCUGCUGUUCUCCGCCGAGAUCGAGCUGCUGUGCGACCAGGCGUGGGGUAGUAUGCUGGAAGUCCCCGCAGGAUCCAGGUUUAAUGUCACCGGUCUGGGGUACUUCCCCUGCUUCUCAUACAGUGUUACCAAAAACAACAGCUACUACUUCUUUCUGAGGAUGGAUGAAAACUACAAUAUCGUCCCUCAUGGAGUCAACUUCCAGGAUGCCAUCUUUCCAGACACUGCAGAGAACCACCGCAUGUUCGCCAGUCUCUUCCAGUUUUCCAACUGCACACCUGGCACUCAGGUCCACAGCUAUACCCCAGAGUGGGAGGCUCAGGAGGACAGCCGGUUGCUGUGCUCCACUGUGCAGAAGGCUCUGUUCGAGGAGGAGGAGAGAGUGAGGACUCUCUCCCAGAAGGUGCGCACUUUGGAGAAAGCCAACGGCCACCUGAGGGAAAAGGUGAAGACCAUGAAACGCCUGCUCCGCCAAGCGCAGCGAGAAACUACGAAGGAGCAACAGACCCUCAGUCUCAAACAGCUCUAUGAGUCAAAGACACCACAAGCCCACCCUGAUCAGGACACGACCCAGGAGGAAAAGAGACCCCCACUAAAAAAGGUCCUCUCCAAGAAGCUAAAAGACUAGAGUGUUUUUUUAACCACUUGUGUAUAAAUCCCUGAAGCAUGAAGCAUCAGUGAUCAAGCAAAAUGAAAGGAUAGAGUGGGAAAAGCUGGGGGGAGCAGCAAAUGCAGCAACAAUAGAGAGAAAGGUGAUGAUAUUAGCUCUGUUUUCAACUGCCAAAGGGGUCUUUUAUGUUACUCUAUAAACACAAUAGCUGUAAUGCCUGGUUUAGAUGGUAACUCUGGCUUUAUAUCAGGGAAGGGGAUCAUGUUAAAUCGAUCAACAGGAGGAAUUCGUCAUCAUAAAAAUCUCUUUAUCAUUUAUUUUAGUCCAUGAGUCCAGUGCAAACACCAUUCUUUCACAACAUGCUGCCGCUCCCUGUCCUAACCCAACCUUUGCCAUUCUCUGAUACUUUAAUUCAGUGGCAGCACAAAAGUUUCCAAAGGAAUGAAUGAAUAAUGAAUAACGCUCAAAGCUGGCAGAUGCACUGAUGCAACAGCAUGUGGACAAUGUUAAAGCAUUGGUAAUAGCUUUUGUACUGUGCUGGACACAUUAUGCAGUGUAUUAAUACUAGAAUUUGUUGUAUGUCUUUUUUUGUAUUGUUGCCAAAAUGCUCCAGGUCAAGCUUUAUGUUUUAGUGUGAGUCCAAAGUUUUUGUCUAUAGUUUUUGUGAACAGAUCUUUUCUUUCAGUUAGAAAUGCACAGGAUGGAUUUUACAUUGAAAUCUGAAAGCUGUGGUGAUUUUCUAACAUAUUAUCGGCAGCAUUUAGGGGACAAAUUAUUAGGCCAGUUACUAAAUGCAAGGUGAGAAAUAACCUACUACAUACAUUAAUUAAAAAAAAGGAUAAUGUGGAAUGCUUAAAAAUGCUGAAUGUGGAAGGGUAUUAUGAAUUAAAACAAUGUGUGUUGUAGCAGUGCCAAAGCAUAAUUUUGUAUAUGAGCCCACAGAUGCAGAAAAGCAGCUGUUUUGCAAGGUCAUUGAAAUGUUUUGGAACCAAAGUCUAUUUUCUGUUUUUUUUGCCUAUUUUUUAAAACAGGGUGCUGAGCACCCAAUAGGUCCAGCUGUUAGAGGUCCAGGAUUUGGACUAUUCGUGUAAGAAAUGAAAGUUUGUUCUUCCUUCUGUUAAAUUUUCUGUGUAUUUGCAUUCAUUAUUAUCUUGCUUGCUCAACAUGCUUGCUACUUUUUCUAGUUUGCUUUCAAUAUGGCAUAAUCGAUUGUUUCACAGUUAUUGAGUUUUUUGUUUUUAUUUUGUUUUUUAAAUAAAUAAAUGAACGUUUUCAUAA